AUGGGAAAAGAGCAUCCAGAUGCGGAUCUUUAUCCUGAUGCUACUGGUCUCGCUUCGCAGAUAGUGAAGGCUCAUGAAGCAGAGCAGCCAUUGAAACUUUACUCGGGCUGGUUCUGCCCCUUCGUCCAGCGCGUUUGGAUUGCACUAGAAGAAAAAGGCAUAGAUUAUCAAUACAUCGAAGUCAAUCCUUACCACAAGCCCCAAUCACUCCUCGAUCUGAAUCCACGCGGCCUCGUCCCAACAUUACAGUACCAGGACAAACCUCUUUUCGAAAGCACAGUACUCUGCGAGUUCCUCGAGGAAGCCUUCCCAGACAACACGCCGCACCUCUUGCCGAAAGAUCCCUACGAUAGGGCGAGGACGAGGAUCUGGACUGACUAUGUCGGCACCCGCAUCAUCCCCGCGUACCAUCGCUUCCUGCAACACCAAGGCGAGGCAGGCCUGAGGGAAAAGCAAACAGAAUUCCUCAAACACCUCAAAGAGUUUACACGGGAGAUGGAUCCAGAGGGCCCUUACUUUCUAGGCAAAGACUUCAGCCUCAUCGAUAUUGUCAUUGCCCCUUGGGCAAAUCGACUCUGGGUCUUUGACCACUUCAAGGGCGGUUCGGGGAUUCCCGAGCAGGGGAAAGGAGGGGAUGACGAAGAGGUCUGGCAACGGUGGAGGAAGUGGUUGAAGGCAGUUGAGGAGAGGAAGAGCGUGAAAGAGACAUUGAGUGACAGGGGGCAUUAUUUGCCGAUCUAUCAGCGGUAUGCUGAGGAUAGGGCACAGAGUGAGGCGGCAAAGGCUAUUAGGGCUGGGAGGGGGAUACCUUGA